GAUCUCUUCAUAUCAAGAGGUUCAUCAGGAGAUAGCAUUAAAAUUCAGGAAUCAGAAGAAGAAGAAGAAGAACAGAAGGAAAGAAUACUUACUUUUAGUCCAUUAGAACAAUUGUGUUGUUGUUGUUGUUGCUGCUGUAUGGGGAAUACUGUAACUGCUCCGGAGACAACUCUUCCGGAAAUGAAUGUCAGAAAUGGCGACAUAACCACGUCGACGCAUAAUGAUGCAGUUAGUUUCUUGAUGAACAGAGGUUAUAAAGGAGAUUUCCGUAAAAUUCAGUUGAUAUUAUCUGCAGAAAAUUUACGUUAUGGGCGGGAAUUUCUUUCAAAGUGUAAGUGUAACCCCAUCGCAGUAGUAUACAAGAUAACAGAUGCUGAUACACUCGAAGAAAUUGGCCGCACAGAGGUGAGGAUGAAUUCAAGAAACCCUGUUUGGAUGGAUAACAUUUUCUCUUUUCAUAUGAUUCGCAGGGGAGCAGAUACACUGGUGUUUCGUGUAUAUCAUGUAGACGAGGAAGACUUCCGUUUGUCUGGAGAUGUAUACUCUAGUUUUUCUACUUCAGAGAUGCUGAAACUGAAAGAGAAAAACCUCAUAGGAGAGGCUACUUGUGUUCAGUUAGAGCUUUUUGAACCGCCGAGGCGUCUCUGUUCGGAACUUUCACUUCAAAAAACACAAGGAAGAGGGACACUUACUGUCCGUCUGGAGGAAACAGUUGCUGCAAAGCAAGUUGUUAAAAUGGGCCUCCGCUGUUCCGAGUUCAAAAAUAAGGGUUUUAAGUCUACAAGAGGUCAUUUCUUACGAAUUUUAAGAUCUAAAAAUGGUGUUGAAUCUGUUGAUACCACAAUCCAUGAAACUGAAGUGGUGAUGGAAGAUUCAAACCCUACUUGGAAGCCUAUACGUCUGACCACACAGAGCUAUCAGAGCAAGGAAACCCACUUGGUGAUUGAGUGUGUUGAAGCCAAUAGUAAUGGUAGGAGUCAAGCGAUUAUAGGCAAACUCGAUACGUCGGUCACAAAAUUAAAAACUCUUCGCGACGGUUCAGUAGGUCAAGAUUUCUCUAUACCAUCACCUCAUCAGGACCCACUUAAGAAGCCGACAGCACAAUUGUUUGUGGAUAAUUUUGUCGAGACUACACUUCUAAGAUUUUCCAACUACAUUAAGAAAGAGUCAGAGCUAAAGUUUAUAGUUGCUAUUGAUUUUGCAGCUUCAAAUGGAGAUCCUAGUCUCCCCACUUCGUUGCAUUAUAUUAAUCCCUCGCGGAAAAAGAAUGCUUACCAGGAGGCUUUAUUUGAAGUUGGGAAUGUGAUCGAGUCCUUUAAGUCUGAUUCAUGUAUUCAUGUAUGGGGAUUUGGUGGGAUACCAGUUGGCAAUGUUGGAUCUGAUUGGUUUGACUCAAAUGGAAGUGCUAGUGAAACUAAGGUUAAAGGAUGCAAAGGCAUCUUGUCUGCUUAUUCACGUGCGGUACAGGAAAUUAGACAUGGUAGUAGUCCUGCUGCUACGUUUGGGCAAAUCAUAACAAAAGCUUCCAGACUCCCGGGAGAUCAAACUAAGUACUCUGUCCUAGUUAUCAUCACUGCUGGUGUACCUGCUGAUAUUCAGGAUUCUAUAGAUGCUGUAGUGGGGGCUUCUGAUUGUCCGUUAUCGAUUGUUAUAGUAGGUCUAGGUGGUGCUGACUUUGAAAAUAUGAAGUUGUUGGAUGCCAACAACAGAAGCGGACCCUUACGCAGUGGAACUGGAAACAAAGCGGAACGUGGCAUUGUGCAAUUUAUUCCAUGGUGCCAACUUCAGGGUGGUCAGAUCUCUAUUGUUAACAAGCUCUUUGAUGAGUUUGCUCAGCAGCUUUCCACUUAUUGUGGAAACAAAGAGAAGUGAUCCGACAGUUGAAGGCUCGGACUCCGAGAUAGUGUUCAAUUUGCUUCAUUGAUUAUGAAAAUGUGUGUAUUCUCCAGUGACCCUAUAAAUAUGUUUUGGCGAGUCUCAAUUCGGUAUAAUGAGUUAUGAUCAUAUGAUGUGUGCAUUGUUAUUGAAAGAUAUUGUGAUGAGUUUGAUUUUUAACUGUUAGCAGUUACUCAACUCAUUUAGUUUGCGAUAUGGCAUUUGUUCCUUAAU